GGGAAAGGGAUCCCGGCGGGUGUCAUCUCGGAUACAGGGGGGCACUGGGGGAGUGGUGUCAGGCGGAGAAGGGGAAAAGGGUGCGCUCUGGUGUCUGUGCCAUCGCCGGCUGCUGCUUCUGCUUCUGCCGCCGCCGCAGCCGCGCCGCUGCCCUAGUGGAUGUUUCUAUGUUGCUCGGUGCAUGAUUUAGAAGAGGAGGAGUUGGAUCUAGCUAGUGACAGAGGCAGGAGAUAGAGGGGGUGGGGGGUGGGGGGAGGUUGUUGUAUUCUUUGAGGGGGGUGCGUGUUUGAGAGAGGCCAGGGGGAGCGGGCCUUUCCCCUUCUCUCUUCCUUGCACCUCCCUAACCUCCCUUCCACCCGGGGUGGAGAGCUCCGCUUCUGUGUCCGGGCCCGGCCGCCGGGAUCAGGCUUCGCCGGGCGUGCAGUGGGUGGCUUCGGGAGUCUCCCACCUUCCCCUCCCCUUCCUACCCUACCUUACCCCAGAUCCCCCCCCUUUCCCCCUCCCACCCGCAGUCCCUCUUCCCACACCCAGCUCAAGGGUUAGCUGCCGCCGCGGCCCGCGGCGGUGAGUGAGAAAGGAGCGCGCGCGCGCGUGUGUUUUCUGGGGGUACUGGGGGGUUGUGUCUGAAGCAGUUGGGAAGAAUGACUCUGGAGUCCAUCAUGGCGUGCUGCCUGAGCGAAGAAGCCAAAGAAGCCCGGCGGAUUAACGAUGAAAUCGAGAGGCAGCUCCGCCGGGACAAGCGGGACGCACGCCGGGAGCUCAAGCUGCUGCUGUUGGGUACAGGAGAGAGUGGCAAAAGCACAUUCAUCAAGCAGAUGAGAAUCAUCCAUGGAUCAGGCUACUCUGAUGAAGACAAAAGAGGAUUCACAAAACUGGUGUAUCAGAACAUAUUUACAGCAAUGCAGGCUAUGAUCAGAGCCAUGGACACGCUCAAAAUCCCAUACAAGUAUGAACACAAUAAGGCCCAUGCACAGUUAGUUCGAGAAGUUGAUGUGGAGAAGGUGUCCACUUUUGAGAAUCCCUACGUAGAUGCAAUAAAGAGUUUAUGGAAUGAUCCUGGAAUCCAAGAAUGUUAUGAUAGAAGACGAGAAUAUCAAUUAUCUGACUCAACCAAAUACUAUCUUAACGACUUGGACCGUGUAGCAGAUCCUGCCUAUUUGCCUACUCAACAAGAUGUCCUUAGAGUUCGAGUCCCCACCACAGGGAUCAUUGAAUACCCCUUUGACUUACAAAGCGUCAUUUUCAGAAUGGUGGAUGUUGGGGGCCAGAGAUCAGAAAGAAGAAAAUGGAUACACUGCUUUGAAAAUGUCACCUCCAUUAUGUUCCUAGUAGCCCUUAGUGAAUAUGACCAAGUUCUUGUGGAAUCAGACAAUGAGAACCGAAUGGAGGAAAGCAAAGCACUAUUUAGGACAAUUAUCACAUAUCCCUGGUUCCAGAACUCUUCAGUUAUUCUGUUCCUAAACAAGAAAGAUCUUCUAGAGGAGAAAAUUAUGUAUUCUCAUCUAGUUGACUAUUUCCCAGAAUAUGAUGGACCCCAGCGAGAUGCACAAGCAGCACGAGAAUUCAUCUUGAAGAUGUUCGUAGAUCUGAACCCAGACAGUGACAAAAUUAUCUACUCCCACUUCACAUGCGCCACAGACACCGAAAACAUCCGUUUUGUCUUUGCUGCCGUCAAGGAUACCAUCCUACAGUUAAAUCUGAAGGAGUACAACCUGGUCUAGAUGUGCCUCAUAGACGUAUCUAGACGUGCCUCUUUCCCUUUCCUUUCUAAACCUUGAGGCCAAUUGAUGAAUACAAGAGGGACUGUAUUAUCUGUGAAAAACGAUUUGCAUAAUACUAAUUUAUUGCUGUCCUGGACUCUGUGCAAGUGGCCACAGAGUUGGUAGUAAAUAUUAUGAUUUUAUUUAAACUAUGAGAAGGAAAAACAAAAGACGCUGAAGUACAUUUCCAGCACAUUUCCUCUCUCUUUUUUUUAGGCAAAAUCUUGUGACUCAAUGUAUUUUAAAUUCUCAAUAAUGCACUCACAAAGGAUAGGGGUUUGGGUUUUUUCUUUUUUUAUUUUAUUUUAUUUUUUUGAUAAUGAGUAUAAAGAGUUUAUUCCCUUCCUUUCCUUGCCUGUUUCUCUCUCUCUCUUAAUUUUUCUGAGGUUACAAUAGCCUUCUUCCCCUGGUUGUAUUCCUCAGUAAAGUAUUUCUUUUUUCUUGAGUGAUAUAGACAGGAAAAAUGUCAUUCAACUUAAGCCAUCAUUCAUGAAAAACUAAUUUAACAGUAUGUACUUUUUUCUGAAGGAUCAGAAGUAUUACUACUGUGGUUUUUAAACUAUUGACCUGGGUAUAAAAUCCAUAUGGUUUUUGAUACUGUCUUUUCUCACUUUGGGCCUGAAUAAUCCUCAAAUGGGAAAGUGUCAUUUCUUCGGGAUUUUACCUUCAGCCAUACCUUGGUGAUUCAUAGAAAUGCACAGAAGACAGUAAUGUAAUUGCAAAGACAAAAAAAGUCACCCUCCUGUUGACUUGCUGUGUGCCAUUUUUCUUUUUGACUUUUUAAAAAAAUUGCAGAUGCCAAACAAAAAUGCCAACCGACACUACAUUCCCCAGUGAUUGUAGCCUGGAACCUUGCUAAGGUGGUUGUUUUUCUUUUUCUUUUCCUUUUCUAUUUCAAACUUUCUUCCUUUUUGUUGUUUUGAGUGUGUUUACUUCACACUUUUAAGAUACUUUCUUUUGGGAAAUAAAAAUUGCGUUGCCAAAGCUGGCUUUUUUUAUAAAAAAAUAAAAUCAAAUCAAAAUUCUAAUAUCAUAUAAUAUAAAAUAUGACCAAGAUUGAAAAGCUAAAAUGAACUGGUUGAGAAAGAACCAGCUAAGACAACCUCCAGACAUCAAAUAACUGUAGAUUCAGCUCUCAUGGUCUACCAUUUUCUUUGCCCUUAUGGAAGUUUUCCAUUUUUGACACCCAGAGCAGCACUGCUUCAGCAUGCUGUGAGGUGCACCAUGAACUCUGCUUAUGUUCUCCUUACUUGAAUACAGUCUUACUCUGCUCAGUUACUCCCUUUGAGGUAGAGUCAGGCAGCUGAGAACAGAUGUUUCUGGUAUUAUAAUGGCACCUUUUAGUUGUAAGAUUGGAAGUCACUGACUGCUUAUCCAAUUCAGAAAUCUUUAUUUAAGUGGUGACUAGUUCCAAGGAUUUAGGGAAGAUGAAUGGGUUUAACUCUAAAGUGGCCUCUCGGUGUUCUAUAGAUUUAUUUAUAUCAUUGAACCUGUUAAGAAGGAACUUUGGAACUCUAAAUGUGCAAUUUUUUUAAAACAAAAGGAAAAAGAAAUCACAUAUAUCGAUGAGCCUCUAUGAAGCAGCUUGACUUGAAAUGUGAUUUAAAAUGAUAAAUCAUAAGUCUAGUAAAGCUUCCAGAAAGAAGCCAGCCAUGAUGCUGGUCUGAUUUGCUGGGAUACCAUUAGGAUCUAGGAUAAAUAUACCUGGAAAUCACUGUUUGGGGCAUCAGAGAGGAGAGGGGAAAAAAUUAAUGAUGUGUUAGUUGAGUACCAAAGUUAAUAAACCUUAAUGGAAUGUUUUCAUUCUUAACUCUCCCAACCCCAAGAAACAAAGGUUACUUAUUUUUUGCUCCCUCUAAAAAACAUCUGUAAUUUAAAAUUUAAAACAAAAACUGGUUGUAGGUAUAGUGCAAUUAUGAAUGCUAUAAUCAUUGUACAUACAUCUCUAUAUAUAUGGCAGCAACCAUACUGGCUUUGUAAUCAUUAAUUUUUUGGCAGAUUGAAUGUGCUAUAUUGAUAUGUAUCUAUAUAAUUGUAUUGUCUGUCUUAUAGCUAAUUCACAUUUUGAAUAAUGUUAUUUUAUUUACUUUUUUAAGAGAGGAGAAUGUAAAGUUGUCAGUUUAUUUCUGACUAGGGAUUUUUUUUCCAUUUAGAAAACAAACAAAAAAAACCUUUCUAUAGUACAGAGCGGUACCAGCAUUGUGCUGUCCAAGAUCAUUUGCACAUUCAUGUGCAGAGGUAUUACCUAUUUUAAAACCCAAAGGCCAUUUCACAGCCAAAUGCCUAAGUUCUGUUGGAGCUGUCACAGAAAUGGACACCAACUCGGUAGGAUUUUUGCCCACUGAUCCCAGACUGAAAGAUUAGCUUUUCUACUAAUCAGAGUCUUAUUUAGCCAAUGCACAGCUUAGUUUAGUGUCGCCUCCCUAAUGGCCUUUAUUAGAAAGGUGGUUUUUAGAAACCCUGUGAUCGAUUAAGGAAAUUUUUGAAUGACCAUACACCACUGCUUUCUUGAAAAUGUGGUGAUGAAUCUGGUGCAAUUUUAUCGCACACACUAACUCUCUGGAGGCUCAUGGAUACUUUCAGUGGGAAAAAUCCAACUUCAUCACAAGUAUUAGUUGUAGGGACUUGAGAUACUCAAUUAUUUAAUAAAUAAAGCUCUCCUAGAUGUAGACAGUUAUACACAAUCCCAAAGCUCUACAAACAUGAGCAAAACUUGUUGCAUUGGUCAUUGUUAAGUUAGAAUGGAACUUGCUAUGCACAACUGAGGCUGUGUCUUCACUGUUAAUUGUAGGGUGCAUGACAAUAUCCCUUCUCUUAACGAGGGAAUAAAUUGAUCACCCUGGUUGCAGUGAUUAAUAUAAACCGAACUGUAUCCACACUAGUUAAUGGAAUUGAAAGGAUCUUCCUUUCCUUUGUUUUAUUUUUGAAAGGAUUUGGGGGGAGGGAGGGGAUUCUUUUCAGUUUUGUAUAAAAAAAAAGUUUACUUAAGCUUGGUAGUUCUAUUGUGAUUUCAAGAGUCUAAGAGUGUGCCACUGGAAUAUUUCUUUUGAUGCUAUAGGUAAAUGGGGCCUGUGGCAAAUGUUGAGAUGACUUGGGAAUGUUUUAGAAAAAAAAAAAACAAACUUUUUUUCUUUUGCAUACCAAGACAAGCCACCAUUUCAUGACUCACUCAACACAACAUCACAGUGUACCAGUUUACAAAGCAUUUUCCCCCUCUUGAGUGACACAGCAGUUCCCACCCACAGCGAAUUACUUGUUAUUUGCAAAUUGGUGGUUUCUACUAUGCCUUACAGAGCUCAUGUCCAGAAGUUUGUGCCUCAAUCCAGAAACUGAGGGGAAACAUACACAUAUACAUACAUGCAAACAAACAAACAAAAAGAAUAAGCCCCACAACUGUUGACUUUUUACUUUACCAUAACAAAGAACUCUUGUUGAAUGUCAUGAAUAGAGUAAAAAUAUUUUUAAAAUCCUUCUUGGGAACCUGUAUAUUCUAGAUACUCACUAGCACAAGGAAUCUGUAUUGCAUACAUAUGUGUUUUAAGAAAAACCUUAACUUUUUCAUGCCUUUACUGGACAAAUUGGCUGGCACCGUCCUGACCUAUCGAGAAGAUAAUGCAGCUAACGGGCAAUUUACUUUUUAUAACUCAGACGAUCUUGAUUGUCAAGGUGUAUGAACUGUAACUUUAAAAAAAAAUCUUACUGCCACAUGAUUGUAAAUUUCAGUCGUUUUAAGUUUGGAAGUGGGGCAGGGAUUUUAUGCUGGACCUCAGUCAGAAUUGACUGUAUGACUUGCAAAAACUUUAAAUGGGGAGAAAGGGCUGAAUUCUAUGAUACUGCAAGAUUCCCAGCUACUGGUUGCAAAUGACCUUCAAGUUACUUAUCCUAAUUACCUUCUGUUUUCAAUUCUUCACAAAAAGAAUAAAAAAUAAAAAAAAAGAUUUUUAAAAACCCUAGCAUAAUGUUAACACACAUACGAAAUAAAGUCUACCCAAACAUCAUAAUUUAUAUCGCUGCUGUUCUUGAAAUUAAGGAUUACCAACCACUUUACUGAUAAUUAACAAACAGCGUAAUGAAUAAAAUUAAUAAGGUAUAUACAGCAUAUGUUAAAUUGGCCUUCCAAAGAUUUGUCUUUGGUUUGAAUCACAUACGAUUUCUAAAAAGGAAAAAAAGCUAUGUGUCUUAUCUGUCUGUCUAUAUUGUUGCCAUAUGUAGCGAUAAAUAGUUCUGUCCUGGUUGUCUUUGUCUUUGACAUUUCAUUUUCGUACCAUCAAACUAGGAAAAGAAAAGGAAGCUUAGCUCUAUGUGGUUAGCAAACAAUCCUUUGGACAUUCAGACAUUUGCCGUUUAGUAGAUCCCUCUGUGGCAUAUUGUCUAAACUUUCCUUUGUUUUGCUUUUUCACAGGAGAACAAACUGCUCUGCUGGUCCUCCCCAACUACUACUGUUAGUUCAGUAGAAAACACUUGUCUUACUAGUUUCUCAGGAUUGUAUGUUCAAAGGACUAGAUUUGUCCUCCUCCCAUAUAAUAUAUUCACUCCUCCAAAUGAUUCAGUUAUAGACAAAAAAAUAAAGGAAAUGGCACAUAUCAGUAAUUCAAAAAUCUAUUUGGAUAAUUGGUGUCUUUCCUGAAUAAAGGAAAUUCCAUAACUUUCAUAUAACCCUUUGCUAGAGUGGGGAGGAUGGAAGAAGAAAGAUUGCUGGAGGGGUUGGAGAGAAAUGGGAGGUAAAGAGAGACAGAUGUUCUCAAUAAAAAUGUUAUGGAGACUGAGUAGGGGGAAAGAGAAGGAGAGGGUGAGAGGUAUUGUACAAAAGUUAUGCAGAUGAACUGAACUGUAAGAAAUGUUCUUGCUGGGUUUUUCCCCCUCAAAAGGAUCGUCCAAAACACAACCUAUUGCUGGACUCCUCACCUGCCAUUGUGGUGGAAGCCCCACUAGAGACAUGUAUACUAAGGGAGUUUUGUCAGAAACAUUUUUAACUUGCAGUAUUUAAGAGAAUCAUACUUGCUGUUCUUAAAAUGUCAUUCAAAUGCAUGUAUCGUCUAUUGUUUGGGGAUGGGGAAACAGUUUUGAAAACAAACUAAUGUUGUAUAAUAAUACCCCCAAAUGAUCUUGCUGGUUGAAAAUACAGUAUUUUGGGCCAUA